AUGUUGACAGCUAUGCUCUUGGCUGCUCUCAUUCUUAUUACAGUACAUUCGCAGGAAACUGAGGAAACCAUAACGUACACGCAAUGCACAGAUGGCUAUGAAUGGGAUCCUGUUAGGCAACGGUGCAAAGAUAUUGAUGAAUGUGAAAUAGUCCCAGAUGCAUGUAAAGGUGGGAUGAAAUGUGUUAACCACUAUGGAGGAUACCUCUGUCUACCUAGAACAGCACAAAUUAUUGUAAAUGAGCGAGAAGAAGCAGCAGCUGAAUCCACUAGUGGUCGAAACAACGUAAUUCGACGGACUCCAGCUGAUCCUCACCGUCCCCCUCCAAACCCAACUCAUCAAAUUCAGUGUGCAGCUGGGUAUGAGCAAAGUGAUCACAAUGUGUGCCAAGAUAUAGAUGAAUGUGCAACUGGAACCCAUAAUUGUAGAGCUGACCAAGUAUGUGUCAAUUUAAGAGGGUCCUUUAGCUGCCAGUGUCCUCCAGGCUAUCAGAAACGAGGGGACCAAUGUGUUGACAUCGACGAAUGCACCCUGCCUCCAUAUUGCCACCAUCGAUGUGUGAACACUCCUGGUUCCUAUUAUUGCCAGUGCAAUGCCGGUUUCCAGUUAGCAUCCAACAACCACACCUGUGUAGACAUAAACGAGUGUGAUGCCAAUAACCCAUGUGCACAACAGUGUUACAAUAUACUGGGUUCUUUCAUCUGUCAGUGUAAUCCAGGAUUUGAGUUAAGCAGUGACAGAAUCAACUGUGAAGACACUGAUGAAUGCAGAACCUCAAGUUAUAUAUGUCAAUAUCAGUGUGUCAAUGAACCAGGAAAAUUCUCAUGCGUCUGCCCUGAAGGAUACCAGGUAGUAGGAGGCAGAACAUGUCAAGAUAUAAAUGAGUGCGAGACUACUAAUGAAUGCAGAGAGGAUGAAAUUUGCUGGAAUUACCAUGGUGGAUUUCGUUGCUACCCAAGAAAUCCUUGUCAAGAACCCUAUGUCCUUACAUCUGAGAACCGCUGUGUCUGCCCUGUAUCAAAUGCCAUUUGCCGAGAGCUGCCCUACUCUGUGGUGUACAAAUACAUGAGCAUCCGUUCAGACAGAACAGUGCCCUCUGAUAUCUUCCAGAUUCAGGCAACCACGAUUUACCCUAAUACUAUUAACACAUUCCGGAUCAAGUCUGGAAAUGAAAACGGAGAAUUUUACCUGAGACAAACAAGCGCCGUAAGUGCAAUGCUGGUACUGGUGAAAUCACUAUCAGGACCAAGAGAACACAUUGUGGAUCUGGAGAUGCUAACAGUCAACAGUUUGAAUUAUCGUACAAGCUCAGUGUUAAGAUUAACAAUAAUAGUGGGACCGUACGCAUUUUAGUGGUUUUCAGUAACCCUUCACUGGCACUUAAAGGAGCCAAAGGAUAUUCUCUUAAAGCACUUACUAUUUUAUUUAUAGAUUUCGCUCUCUUUUUUUAACAUUUGUUUAGUGAAUUGAUAUCUUUAACCCACACGUUACACCUAUAAUUCAAAAGUAGUAGAUGUGUUCCAUAGUAGAACAUGGGCAUUGUCACUUUCUGUAUAAAGAUUUAAAUCUUUUUUUAUUACCUUUCUUGGACUAGAUACAUACUACGCUUUUCUAUGAGAACUAUAUGUUCAUACUAUUCUGUAAAACUUCACACACUCUUCCUAGCCAAAUAGGUCAUGCAAUUAAAAGGUGAUCUUCUGUGUUGUUUUUAUUUUAAGUUCUAACAUAGCUACACUGACAAUCUCCAAAAGAAUUAUAUAGUAUGAAUGAUAUGCAAAGUAACCGUUAUCUGAUAAGCUAAAAUAUAUUUCUGCUUUUUAACUACUUUAACAAAAGAUAACAGUCA